CAUAUGACCAGGGAUCUCCUGUCAUUUCUGUUAUUCAGUACCAGCUAGCAAAGCACAUCGACGAACCUUAGCUUCUUUAAACAUUCUGCUCUUUAUCCGACCAUGACUGCAUUGGUGGCAAACAGCUUGGCAGCAGCUGCAAGGACACACUCCCAGGCUGUGACCAGAAAUUACAUCUCCCAACCUCGACUAACCUACUCUACUGUGUCGGGUGUAAAUGGGCCCCUGGUGAUCCUGGAUAAUGUGAAGUUCCCCAGGUACGCUGAGAUCGUUCACCUGACCCUGCCGGAUGGCACCAAGAGGAGUGGGCAGGUCCUGGAGGUGAUUGGAAGCAAAGCAGUUGUCCAGGUGUUUGAGGGAACAUCAGGCAUUGAUGCUAAGAAGACAGCCUGUGAGUUCACUGGUGACAUCCUGCGUACUCCAGUGUCAGAAGACAUGCUUGGGCGUGUGUUCAAUGGUUCAGGCAAACCCAUCGACCGCGGGCCUAGUGUUCUUGCCGAGGACUACCUGGACAUCAUGGGUCAGCCCAUCAAUCCUCAGUGCCGAAUCUACCCAGAGGAGAUGAUCCAGACUGGCAUCUCAGCCAUCGAUGGCAUGAACAGUAUUGCCAGAGGACAGAAGAUCCCAAUUUUUUCAGCUGCUGGGCUGCCCCACAAUGAGAUUGCUGCCCAGAUCUGUCGCCAGGCCGGCCUGGUACAGAAGACCAAGGAUGUGAUGGACUACAGUGCUGAGAACUUUGCCAUUGUUUUCGCAGCCAUGGGGGUCAACAUGGAAACUGCCCGCUUCUUCAAGUCUGACUUUGAGGAGAACGGCUCCAUGGACAACGUCUGCCUUUUCCUCAACCUGGCCAAUGACCCCACCAUCGAGCGCAUCAUCACCCCUCGCCUGGCACUGACUUCAGCAGAGUACCUGGCUUACCAGUGUGAGAAGCACGUUCUGGUCAUUCUGACUGACAUGAGCUCCUACGCUGAGGCUUUGAGAGAGGUCUCUGCUGCCCGAGAGGAGGUGCCCGGCCGUAGAGGCUUUCCUGGCUACAUGUACACUGAUUUGGCCACCAUCUACGAACGCGCCGGCCGAGUAGAGGGCAGAAAUGGCUCCAUCACCCAGAUCCCUAUUCUCACCAUGCCCAAUGAUGACAUCACCCAUCCAAUCCCUGAUCUGACUGGAUACAUCACAGAGGGUCAGGUCUAUGUUGACAGACAGCUGCACAACAGACAGAUCUACCCACCCAUCAAUGUGUUGCCCUCACUGUCCCGUCUGAUGAAGUCGGCCAUCGGUGAGGGGAUGACCAGGAAGGACCACGCUGACGUUUCAAACCAGCUGUAUGCCUGUUAUGCCAUUGGUAAGGAUGUCCAGGCUAUGAAGGCUGUGGUGGGAGAAGAGGCCCUUACCUCUGAUGACCUGCUCUAUCUUGAGUUCCUACAGAAGUUUGAGAAGAACUUCAUUGCUCAGGGCCCGUAUGACAACAGGACAGUGUAUGAAACCCUGGACAUUGGCUGGCAGCUGCUCCGAAUCUUCCCCAAAGAGAUGCUUAAGAGGAUUCCUCAGAGCACCUUGGCUGAAUUUUAUCCCAGGGAAUCUGCCGCCCGUCACUGAGGCACACUAAGAGAUGCCCUGGUUCUAUCCCCACUCACCUUUUACCCACCAUCCUCCUCUCCUUUUAUUCCUCACUCUCACCCUACAGUCCUGCACCUCUGGGGGCCUGGACAGAGGUAUUGUCAAGCCUUCACCUAUCCCAAAGCUCACCUCCUCUUUAUUAUUACCUUCAGUUAACUUUCUUCUAAUGACUCAAGUCACCCCAACACCACCCCCAAUUCCCUCCCCUGAGUAAGAACAGGGCAAUAAUCUCCCCCUCCUUUAGGUGUACUGUAGCGUAUAUGUGUCCAGGAGUUGUGUAUGGAAAGUUUCUGUGGCUGUAAUGUCUACCCCUUGAUUGCAAAAAAGUGAACAUAUCCUUAAAUUAUAGAUGAGUGCUUAUUUAUUGGGGUGUGCUACUGCUGGAUCCCACCCUUUUUUUUUUUUUUAAGAAAUGCUAUGUAAUGUCCAUCUCCCACUAAAAACAAGAGCUCUCCAACUGAAGAAAGUAGAGCAGGGUUUAAAAUACAAGCAGAGAAGUUCAUUAAGUUUUUAUUGAGACUGUCACAUGUUGAUUCAACUUCUAACUAACAGGCAAGGCACACUUUGUAUGAAUACGUUCAGAGCAACAGGAGCUUCCCGCUUCACAGAGUGAACAUUGGUAUUUACCUGAGGUUGGUUUUAUAGUCGAGUACUUCUCUCACUUUAUCCAUGCCCUAUGUGUUGUUUAAUUGGCAACUGCUGUAUUUUUUUCAUGUUGGUGGCUUCAGGGGUGGCCAUUAUUUGCUCAUUUCACCAUCAUCAGCAAGCUAAGGAAAGCAUCCUUAGAAACGAGACAAACUUGGGCAAUAAGCAGAGUUCAGAUGUUUACUGUAUGUUUCCCACAGUACCUUGACUCUUUCUUCCCUCCUUUGGACCCUCUUACUUCCUCUUCCUACUCUGGAAAGAAUACAGUGGAUGUUUACAUUAUUUCUGUUUUGUUUGAUUUGUGUUGCAACAGAUGAGUAUAUAAAAUUAUAUAAAACAUUCCCAUGUGUCUGCAUAAACUAAUUGUGAAUCAGUAAUGGUUUUGUGAGGUAAUGUGUCAAUGAAUAAAUUCAAUCAUAAGAGUA